CGAGAGUGGUUUGUGUUUUUUGAUAUAUUCAAGCAGUUGACUUACGGUCAAUUUCCACGACGCAGAAUUAAUUUUUCAAAAAGUUAAACUUUCAGAUUGGUUUCCUAAAUGAUGGACCAAACUUAUUAAGCUUUAUUAUUAUGUACAGUGUUUGUAGAAAUUUUUUUCAAUCAAUUAACAUGUAUUUUCGUUACAAUGCUCAUUCUAGUUUUCAUUUGAAUUAUUCAACUGUCAAGUUGGCAGUACAUUCUUCAUGACAUGCAAUAUAAUUAUGCUCUGUUGUUCAGAAUCAGAAAGUUCACUCCUCUGUUUUCGUGUUUUCUUUUCGUUCUUCUCGUGCUCGUGCUAGUCAUGGUGGUAGUGAUUCUAUAGUGAUCAUAGUUCUUUGAAUAAGAAAUAAUUGAAUUGUUAGGUAGUGUAUACCAACAAUGUGCGGUUGCUGUAUGAUUUAAAUUUUAUAAAACGGAGGCAAAAAACGUUUACUUCUACAAAAGUCUCAAGUGAAUGUAGAGAAGUUUUAUUGAGUUUUAAAAUCAAUUUUAUUUGUGUAACCGGAAAACAUUCAAAAUGCCAGAAGUCACUACUACAAAAGUUGUUGUUCAUCCUCUAGUUUUAUUGAGUGUGGUUGACCACUUCAAUAGGAUGGGAAGGAUAGAAAACCAGAAACGAGUUGUUGGUGUUCUUUUGGGAUGCUGGAGACCUGGAGGUGUAUUAGAUGUUUCAAACAGUUUUGCAGUUCCAUUUGAUGAGGACGACAAAGAAAAGAAUGUUUGGUUCUUAGACCAUGAUUACUUGGAAAACAUGUUCGGGAUGUUCAAGAAAGUUAAUGCUAGAGAAAAGGUUGUGGGUUGGUACCAUACUGGACCCAAACUCCACCAAAACGAUGUUGCAAUCAAUGAGUUGAUUCGUCGUUACUGUCCAAACUGUGUCUUAGUCAUAAUCGAUGCCAAGCCUAAAGAUUUGGGUCUACCUACAGAGGCAUACAGAGUCGUUGAAGAAAUCCAUGAUGAUGGAUCGCCAACAUCAAAAACAUUUGAACAUGUGAUGAGUGAGAUUGGGGCUGAAGAGGCUGAGGAGAUUGGCGUUGAACAUCUGUUGAGAGACAUCAAAGAUACAACAGUCGGGUCACUGUCACAGCGCGUCACAAAUCAGCUGAUGGGCUUGAAGGGCUUGCAUCUGCAAUUACAGGAUAUGCGAGACUAUUUGAAUCAGGUUGUCGAAGGAAAGUUGCCAAUGAACCAUCAAAUCGUUUACCAACUGCAAGACAUCUUCAACCUUCUACCCGAUAUCGGCCACGGCAAUUUUGUAGACUCGCUCUACGUGAAAACAAAUGACCAGAUGCUGGUUGUCUAUCUAGCAGCCUUAAUCCGAUCCAUCAUCGCUCUGCACAAUCUCAUCAACAACAAACUCAGCAAUAGGGAUGCCGAAAAGAAGGAAAUCAACCAAAAGAAAGAAGAGAAAUUGAAAGAAGAUGAAGUGAAAAAGGAAGUGAAACCAACAAAAGCUUAGAUUCUACUAUUUAUUUAAUUUAAAUUGAGGUUAAAUUUAUGUUUGUGAAUUUCGCAUUUAAAAAUUCAACGUCCCACUUCUUGCUUUUGAUAGCAUCAAGUCUGAAUCACAAAUGUAAUAGUGUCAAUAUUCUAUUAUAAAUCGAUGCAUCGAUACUAACAAUUGUUUCUUGGUUAUGAGUGGAUAAUUACUCAUUUUAGACUUAUUUUUCUCAUUUCAGUGAUUUAACACAAGUAAUUAUUUGUUGU